GAAUUUGAUAAUUGAUAUUACUUUACUUUUUUGCAGUAAAUUGAUCAAAUGAGUCGUCCCCAGGAACCACAUCGCCCUUUCUUCUCCUUUGGAAAUCCUUUCCGAAUUUUAUCACCUAAGAGUUCCCAGUUGUCUCCAAGGCUUCGUUCUCAAUUAAAUGCUUUUGAAGAAACUUUGUUGGAGAGGCUGCAAAAGUUGACCCCAAAAGACAAGGAUGAUGUCCUUAGCUUAGCAUGGAUGAAAUUGGCAAUGGAAUCACUAUCUGAGGGUCACAAUGAUGUAAAGAACCUGAUUACUGAGCUUGAGCUUCCUGUGUCUGAUUGGGAUGAGAAAUGGAUUGAUGUGUAUUUGGACAUCAGUGUGAAGUUGUUGGAUAUAUGUAUUGUUUUUAGCUCCGAGCUUACACGGAUCAACCAAGGUAAUCUCUUGCUUCAAUGUCUCUUGCACAAUUUGGAGUCCAACUCACCAGAUCAGUUUACCCGUGCUAGAUCUUCUCUUGAUAGCUGGAGACGGCACAUUAACUCAAAAAACCCUAGAGUUGAAACCUGUAAACCAAUCCUAGACAGCCUUGUGGAAUCAUUGAACUUGCCAAAAGUCAAGAACUCUGCCAAAGGAAAGGUGUUGAUGCAUGCUAUGUAUGGGGCUAAGGUGGAGACUGUAUAUAUCUGUAGUGUCUUUGCUUCAGCUUUCUGUGGUUCUGCUAAGAAUUUGGUAGAGUUGACCAUUCCUGACUCAUUAUCAUGGGCACAAGCUUUCACUAAUUUGCAGACUAACAUGAAUACAGAAAUAAGAAAUAUAUUUUCUCAAGGAGAAGUUACAGUUCUAAAAGAAUUGGGUGCUGUCAAUGCAUGUCUUGAGAAAUUGUAUCCCAUGCUCGAAGAUGAAUUGGUCCCUGUUGACGUUGAAUCAUUUAAAAGCUCUGUUUCAGAUUUGAGAAGGAUGACGGAGAAACUCACUCAAGGGCUAGAUCUACUUACAAAGGAAGUAGAUGGCUUUUUCAAACUAGUAUUGACCGGUCGUGAUGCUUUGCUUUGUAAUCUAAGAGCACCUGGUACUCCCCCAGACACAAUGCUAGGGAGAAAUGUGGAAGGGCAAGCUUUGAGUUAGUACCAGAUAUAUCAACACUUGUGUGCAAAAAUGGUUUAGAUUAGAUAUUGUCGCCUUUUUCUAUUUGGUAUAAAGCAUGCCACCAUUGUUUCUCUCUCUGAAGUGUGUCUUGUGUUAGUUGUAAGGUCUCUUAUGAUACUUUAGUGUAAUGACUAUAUUCUGUUUGUUUUGCACUAUUAUGUCAACUAUAUAUAAAAGGGUCAUGUUCCUCGCAAAUGUUUCAUUAUUGUAAUUAGGUUAAAACUCUUUUUUGGUCUCUGAACUAUUGUAUGGACCCUCGAUUUGGUCCCUGAACUAAAAAAAUCCCUGAUAU